AUGGACGAGGCACGGACCGUGACGGAUGCAGAGAAGUUGCACCUGGACUAUGACACGUCAGCCACCACAGCUGACACGUCAGCCACCACAGCUACAGUCGUCAACAAGGGUCACACCGUGGUUCCGAAUUCAUCCAACACCUACAGGCUGCACACAGCCAGCGGGACCUACGAGCUGAAGCAGGUGCACGUGCAUUCGUUCUCAGAGCACGCAAUCAACGGGCUCUUUGCUCCCAUGGAAGCCCACUUCGUGCAUGCACACAUCGACAACGCCUCCCAGCUCGCUGUCGGCGUAAUGCUGAGACUCCAGCGGGAUGACCAGGCGAGCCCGUGGGUGGAUUCAUGGCUGCCUAAGACCCCCUCUGGGCUGGACGCAAUGGCUGGGAUUGAUGUUACUGGGAGUUUUUGGAGGGAGAUGAUGGAUCUGUCCAUUGGGUUUUGGAGGUAUCCCGGCUCGCUUACUACUCCAGGCUGCAAUGAGAUUGUUGAGUGGCAUGUGCUGCGUAAGGCCAAGUUCCUCUCUGUGGACCAGGAGCGCACCAACAACCGUCUGCCAGAGCCACUCCAUGGCAGGGAGGUCACCUACUUCUCUACAGACGGCAGCAGCGCGAUCGGCGCUACUACCCUCGGAGGCGCGCACUUCACGUCGCGCGUCUUCCUCUCUCUCGACGCCGCCAGAUCCGCUUCUGCGCCUCUCUCGCGUAGGCGAGGGCGCAUGUUAGCGGGCAAGGCGGCGGACGGCGCGAACGCGCUGUUUAACAUCUCGUCGCCUUUCAACAACUUCGGGCGCAUGUACACGGUGAUAUCGCUGGGCACGCCUGCGCGGUCGUUCGCGGUGAACGUGGACACGAGCACGAGCCUGUCGUGGGUCUCCUGCGACUGCCUGCAGUGCCCCUCCUCCUCCACCAUCGUCACCUCGCUCACGGAGUUCUCAACAGCAGCAUCCACCACAGCCAAGCCAGUGGGGUGCAAGGACGCGGCGUGCAAGCAGGCGCCGGUGUUUGGGUGCGACCAGCUGGCGGAGGGGGAGGGCGGCAGGAAGGGCGUGUGCGAAUACUCCCUCGCCACUAACGGCACUCUUGUUUCCGAUCGCAUUGCUCUUGCUGCCGCUGAUGGGAGCAGCACGAGCGCGGCUGCGUCUGUGAUGUUUGGCUGCGCCAGGGUGCGACCUCUGGAAGACUUAGACGACCCAGUGGCAGUGGACGGGGUGCUGGGCCUGGGCGCCAGGAGCUACUCCGUUCUCAACCAGCUGGCGGCGGCAGCGGUGGUGCCGCCCGCGUUUGCGCUGUGCUUCGACUCCACGAGCAACUCAGGGUUCCUGUCGCUGGGCGCGCCGCUGGUGCCGCCCAAUGUCACCACCACGGACUACGUGGGGUUCGACAACGACACGCGCUACUUCCUGCCUCUCACACAGAUCCGAGUGGGGCAGACAGCAGUGAAGGGUAGUGCAGCAGUGGCGAAGCUGAACGCGGACCUCACAGGCGGGUUCACCGUCAAGAGCAGCUACCUCUCCUCGGGCCUGCGGUCCGCUGUGCACGCUGACCUGGUCAAACUGGUGUUUGCCAACUCCUCUCUGCGCCGGGCCGACAUGGAUGUCUAUUCAUGCGUGCACCUCACCGUCUUUGAGGCGCAGGACAUGGUGUUCCCCUCCAUAUUCCUGGACGUGAAGGAGGGCACGCUGGAGAUCACACCCAACAACUACCUCAUUAAAUAUGGCGAGGACAGCACUGGCAUGAUCCUGUGUCUGUCGGCCAUUGUGGUGGACGAUGACCUCUCCAACGGAUUCAUUGGGGCCCUGUGGCUGCGGGACCUCUAUCUGCGCUUUGACCUCGCCAAGAAAAAGCUUGCCUUCCGACCCCUCAACUGCUCGGCGGGUGAAUACUUCACGUCCAUCCCAGCUCCGCCUCCCCAAGCACCACCCGCACCCGCUGCAGCACCUCCCUCACCACAGCCAGUCACACCUCCCUUUGGCGGCAGCGGCAACGGCAGCGUGCCGGCUGUGGAUUCGGACAAGGGCAACGGGGUGAUUUCCAGUGAUCUGCCGGUGGCGCUUCAGAACAAUGCGACUGCUCCGGCUGGUGCCGGGGGGAAAGCAGGCCACCUCGGUCGUUCCAUGUGGACACUCCACACUCUCAUCGUCCUUGUGACGGCACUUUUCGUUUUUCUUCUGGUGCCGUAG